UUUCGAUAACUAUCCAUACCGUGGGAUACAUCUUGACAAGUUGUAUGCGUUCAGUGAAUAUCUUUGAAUAAGUGUGUUAUGAAGUUAGUGUUGUGUAUUUUCAAAACAAAAAAAUGAAGUGUUUUAAGGAGUUCUUAACAUUUUUGUUUACAGCAUCUCUAAUUAUAACAGUAGAAGGAAUACGGCCGCAAGAUGAUUUAAAUGAAUUGAAACCUAUAUCAAGGUCAAAACGGAAUGGAGCGUCAGCAGCAGACAAGAAUACUACUAACGAUACGAACAAUCCUUGCUUAUAUAAAAAAAUUGAAAAACCUGUUUUUGAAAUACCUGGCCGGAGAAUUAGCGAUGCGAAAUGCUACGAAUAUCUUUGGGAAAUAGAAAAUCGGCAAGAAUACAACAAAAAAUUGCGUGAAUGUUUUCAAUACCAAUACGAACGCAGUCCUGUCAAGCCACAUUUUGCGAUAGGUGGUAGAAUAACGGAGCCAGGUGAAUUCCCCCACAUGGGUGCAGUGGGGUGGAAAUCGUCAACGGGUACAUGGAUAUUCAAAUGCGGCAGCUCCUUGAUAAGUUCCAAGUUCAUGCUGACAGCGGCACAUUGCUCUAAAGUAUCACCGAGAGAUUCUACCGUAGCAAACCAGGUGCCGGAGAUCGUGAGAUUGGGUGAUAAAAAUAUUAUUGAUAGGUUUUCAAAUGGAUUGGAUCCAGUUGACGUAAGAAUUAAGAAAAUCAUAAAUCAUCCGUUGUACAAGCCACCGAAGAAAUAUUACGACAUCGCAAUUAUAGAAUUAGUGAGAGAUGUGAGUUUUGAUAAAUACGUUCAGCCGGCGUGUCUAUGGCCCAGGUAUGACACCAGUCCACUUGGGACGAAGGCAACCUUGACUGGAUGGGGUGUCAUUGAAACAGCAAGACUUCUAACAUCUCCUGAACUGCAGGCUGCAGAAGUGGACAUAUUAAAUUCGGAUGUCUGUGACAGUUUUUUGAAGCCUUCUUGUACACGACUUUGGUGCGGGAUGAAUGAAACUCAACUUUGCGCUGGAAAAUUAGCAGGCGGUGUUGACGCUUGUCAGGGUGAUUCUGGAGGGCCAUUGCAAGUGAAAAUAGAUUUGCCAUCUAACAGUGAGGGAGCUAUACACUACGUCAUCGGGGUGACGUCAUUCGGCAUUGGCUGCGCACGCGCAAACACGCCCGGCGUUUACACCAGGGUCAGUAGUUUUAUAGACUGGAUAGAAGAUGUCGUGUGGCGAGGAAAAAACUAAUUCUGAAAUAAAAAUUUAUGUAUUCAUUUAGUAAAUAAAAUUAAACGAGCCUUUGUUGUUAGUAA